AUGACAGGUGAAGCGGAGGUCGGAUAUAGUAAAGGAGCGGAGGAAGAGGAGGAGGAGGAAGGUGUUGUAGUGGAAGCAUAUAUCAUUCCAUAUAAGAAAGACAACGAUGUGACAACCUACUUUCAGAAAUUAAAGGACUUGAAAGACCAAUUAUCUAAAAUUGGUCAAUUUGGUUGUGGGUUUUCGGGUGGAUGUGGGUUUAGAAUGAGUUUUCAGAGUGAUGGGGUUUUUGAGAGGGGUUGGGUGGAUUUUCAAGAUGGUGGGAGUUUUUCGUGCUUUUUUGGGUGGUUGGGGGUGGGUUUGAAGGUGGUGGAUUCACCACAUUUUUGUGGGGGUGCCAUGAAUGCUCGUCCUGUUGUGAAGCGAAAGACGCCGUCUGAACUGAGAGUAAGUUUUUCGCCUUUGCUUUGGGGUAGGAAGGGGGUAGGUAUCCUUAUUGACCGAGAAUAUAUUGAUGAUGUAGUGGACGUGUCCCGAAAGAGUGAUCGAAUUAUGAGUAUUAAGCUUGUGAUAGGGGAUGAAGUUGUAACUAUUGUGAGUGCCUAUGCACCACAAGCAGGACUAGAUGCUUCAACUAGACAAGAAUUUUGGGAGGAUUUAGAAGAAGUGGUGCAACGUGUCCCUAGAAGUGAGAAACUGAUCAUUGGUGGGGAUCUCAACGGACAUGUAGGCUCGAGUCGCGAUGAAUUUGAAAGCAUUCAUGGUGGUUUUGGCUAUGGGGAGCGGAAUGAAGCGGGAAAUGCUAUUUUGGAUUUUGCAUUGGCAUAUGACUUGGGAAUAAUGAACACUUGGUUUGAGAAAAGAGACUCUCAUCUAGUAACCUAUAGGAGUGGAGAUAAUACGAGUCAGAUUGACUUCUUUUUAGUAAGGAAUGCUUUGAGACAGUGCUACACCAAUUGUAAGGUGAUUCCGGGUGAGAGUACAGCAACCCAACAUAAGCUUGUGGUCCUAUAUUUUCGAGGUAGAAGUUAUAUAAGGAGGGAAAGACCACUUGUGGAGCCUAGGAUCAAGUGGUGGAAACUUCAAGGGGAGCAACAACUAAAAUUCGUGGAAAAGGUGGCAAGUGAAGGUAUUUGUGCCGGGGAUAUGGAUUUGGAUAUAGACUCAUUAUGGACAAGAAUGGAGCACACCAUAAAGGGAGUGGAGAAAGAGGUCCUAGGGGAAUUUAAAGGAAUCAUGCCACCAAGUAAGGACACAUCCUGGUGGAAUGAAGUUGUGCAACAAGCUAUAAAGAGCAAAAGAGAGUGCUAUAAAGAGUUGGGAAAAUGUAGAAGUGAUGAGAAAUACGAGAAGUACAAGGAGGCUAAAAGGGAAGCAAAGAAGGCCGUAAGAGAGGCUAGAGCAAAGGUGAAUCAGGAUCUUUACGCAAGAUUGUAUACAAAAGAAGGGGAGAAAGACAUCUAUAGGCUUGCUCGAAUGAGAGAUAGAAAGACGCGAGACAUCGGGAGGAUUAAAUGUGUGAAAGAUGUUGAUCAAAAAGUUUUGGUGGGAGAUAAGGAAAUCAAGGAUAGAUGGAGGUUCUACUUUGAUAACCUGUUCAACGGGGAUCAAAGACGCGAUAUUGGGGAUAUAAAUAUCCCUCGAGAUAUGGUUAACCUAGACUUUAUGCGAUGGAUUCAAAAGAGAGAAGUCGAAAUGGCACUAAAAAAGAUGGGGCGCAAGACGGUAGUGGGGCCCGAUGGUAUACCUAUCGAAGUCUGGAGAUGCUUGGGAGAGAGAGGGGUUGUAUGGUUAACAACUCUUUUCAACAAGAUUUGGGGAAGUAACAAGAUGCCAUUAGAGUGGAGGAAAAGUACUAUCAUCCCCUUGUACAAAAAUAAGGGUGAUGUCCAGGAUUGUGCCAACUACCGAGGAAUUAGUCAUACUAUGAAACUUUGGGAGCGGAUUAUUGAGCAAAGAUUGAGGAGAACUGUGAAAAGUUCGGUGAACCAGUUUGGAUUUAUGCAUGGGAGAUCGGCUAUGGAGGCCAUUAAUCUUAUAAGGCGGAUCAAACAUAAGCUUUUUGUUAUCGAGAUCAUAGUUGUAUCAAGGACAAUGAAGUUUGAUGAAUUGAUUAACGUUGGGAUCUUUUCUAUUGGCACAACUCUACAGUUCUUGGUAGUUCUAUGUUAUUCUGUUGCAAAAGAAUAUAAUUUUGUGAUUGUUGACAUAAUUCUAUCUACGAUAUUGGCUGCUGAAAUUGGCGGUGGUUGUUUGGCUGUGGUCGGAUGCAUACCGGAAAAACAAAUGCAUGAGUAUAGGGGGAGAGGGGAAGGGAAGGGGAAGGGGAAGAGGGGGGCUGAUUUGUAA